CAAAAUGCGUUGACUAACAGUUAUGGAGAAACAGAAACUUCUGCAGAGUUGAUUGAUUGAGACUGGAAAAUGAAGGCGAGGAUAAUGUGAGGGACUUUUAAUUUCAUCGGAAAUUCAGCUAUUGCAGGGCUUGAUUGUUGAUUUGUUAUACAUUACAAACAGAAGCGGAGCAUCUUCUCCUCUAUAUCGUUAGCCCUAAUUUGUUGUUGAAGGUGAUGGAUGGGGGCAAAGUAGUUUCAGGAAAGGUAUGUCUUGCUUGCCGUUCAAUUUCCAAGAGUGGUGGUGACGUCAAUUUCAAUGGCUACCAUAUCUUUCUCCUAAACUUAUCUCAAUUACUCGUUGAAGAUGGAGAUUUACAAUUACAACCCACUAUCCUACUUGAUUUUCCUGAUUAUUGCAUGGCAGUUUAUGGUCUUGAUUCCAAACUUUACUUUUUUGACAAUACUCGAUGCCCCAAGAGUCUCUUAAUCUCCUAUCUUGAUAUUAAAGAUGAAGAAGAAGAUGAGAUUCAGCGUCUAUCUACUGCUGAUCUACGCACCUUACCUCCUAUGUUAGGCUUCAAACGCCAUGCUAUGAUCACAUCAAUUCCUGCCACUAAAAAGAUUCUAGUGUUUUCUUCUUUAUCCGAUGUCUGCGUUUCAGAUCCCGAUUGGGUCAACCCACCAGCCGGGCAAAAGUUGAUGAUGAUAUGAUUUUGAUGAUGAUGAUAUGCGUUACGUGGAUUUUGAGAUGUAUGAUUGGUCGAACCAAUUCAUGGGAAAGUACUACCUCCGAUUAUCAUCCGAGCCGACUUCAAUGACAGCCUUAGCAUGCCUCGCUAUUUCCUGCACGAAUCUGGAUAUGUUGAAGCUGGUAAAAGGGGAACAGAGAUCCCUAGAGAUGCAUUUGCCAGUCGUCAAAUACUAUUUCAUGAAUUUCAGAUCUUGAAAUAUACAUUUGUCCAUACAGAGUCAUCAUCUUUAUUCUCUGCAUCAUUAUCUCUGCUGGUGGAGCUUACCUGUGGUCUGAUGCUGACGCUUGAUCUCGACACUCCCUCAAAGGCCUGGAAGCUAGUGUACGAUGGUAUGAGGGUCGCGUUGAAGCCUCCUAGAACUCAGGGUAAUUUCUUUAUCAUCGCGGACCACUACCAUGAAAUGUGGUGCCUCUCUGAUAUUGGAAAACAGAGCAAAUUAGCAAGUGCUGAAAAGUCUCCAUUGUCUUCAUGCUUUCCGUUGUCUUCGUUUGGUGAAGAGGAUCCAGUCAAAUCACUUGUUGGAUCAUCACUCACUCCCUUGCCCUCGUUGGAGAAUGACGACGACGACAAGCAGAAGCAGAAGAAGAAGCAAUAUUUCUGCAUUGUACAAGGAGCUGUGAGUAGAAACUCAAAGCUUCCCCGAGUUGUUAUGGAUGUGGUGGAUGCGCAGGCGGCUCCUCCGCAGUCGGUUGCUUCAUGUAGAUUUGGUGUGCCCACGCAUAAGUGCAAGCGUUUCCUUCCUUACUGCAUCUUUCCUUACCAUCCAUACCCAUAGAUAUAUAUCUUUCUCAUAUUAAUUUCAGUUUUUGUUAUUCACCAUUGUUGCAGCCUGCACUUAUGAAGAUGGAUCAAGCUAAGCUUUGAUUAUAAUGGUUAUUUAUUCUCCUAUCUGAUUA